CGAUUAAGCAGUAGAACAAGAAGUAGCAUUCUCGUCGCCGAUUAGUGACGAAAUCAAUGACCGUGAGCAGUUUGACAUGUUUUGAAGGAGCCGUAGCUUGGCAGAGAUGAUGAAUUUUCUUGCGUUAGUGAACACUUUACGAUGUUCAUUUCUACGUAUCGAGAGCAGACUUCUCCAGAUUGCAGGAAUAGAGAGACAAGUGGCUCCAGCACUGGCAUUUAAUGGCUCCAGUCUCCUUCCCACAACCGACCAGCAGGAAGUGGAUGAGCAGCAACAAAGCUGGGACGGCAUCUUGUGGAUGGCAGCACCCAAGAAGAGACGCACCAUUGAGGUCAACCGAACAAGGAGGAGGUCCGAGAGCAAACUUAUUAAAAUCAAGACAAACAUCGAACCGUGUCCAGAGUGCGGCCACUUAAAGCAGAAACACAUCAUGUGUGGCUUCUGUUACGCUAAAGUAUGCAAGGAGACGGCGCUGAUCCGGCAUCAAAUUAAAGAGAUGGAGGGUGGUCCUCUCAAGGCACCGGCUGUGGAGACCGUUGUCUUGUAUGCGGGCGAGACGCCAAGCGAGCAGGACAAACACAAAAGGAUAGUGGAGCGGCCCAGGAAGCGGCCUGCGUGGUUCAGUCAGUAAUGAUCAUUUAGUAUGCAUGUAUAAUACACGUUGUCAAAGUUUUGUCUAGAACUGAAUUUUUUUGCAAGAAAAACAAAAAAAAAAAAGUGUACUUUGAUUCAUUCUGUGCAAAUGGCAAGUUUGUAUCCGAGUUCACUUUGUAAAGACGUUGAGAGUGAACUCUCCCUGCCCGUUUGGAGGCGAGAGAUUAGGAAAAUAAACAUGUUUGUGGCACUAUCAGUCUGUGAUUAAUUGUGAUUAAUUCUUUUUUGCCCCAAGCCUAGUGCCUAUUUUUUUUUAACAAGUAAUCUCGCCACGCUCUAAACUCGUGAUAUCUCAUGACACCCCUCCAUUGUGGACUGUUCUAUUUCAACCAUGUAAACAAAUUCAGUGUUGACAAGUUUAUCUUUCAAAGCUUUAUUAUGAGGACUGUACAGUGUUGCAAUUAUCUGAACAAUAAGACAGUUCUCGUGCACCAAGAUAUGUUCCAAAAUAAAGCAUCUUCUCUGUU